GUUCCAGGCCCACCUCUUCUCCUGCAGGGUCCUUACUCGCCCGUCGUGCUCUGGCAGGGAAGGAGAACCGCCCGAGGGGAGGGAUGACGAGCAGCCCACUGGCGUUCGCGAGUUCGAGCCCGGGGAGGACGCCUAGAGGCAGCCAGAUGCCUACUAGCAGUGCAGAGCCGCUGUUCUUCCCUCCUUCGUCCCCAGCUGCACAGGGCUCGGGUGAUCAGACGCCUACGCAAAGGCGCGCAAGGAGAGGGGACAUCCACUCCGUUUCUUCUCCCCACCUGCUGUCUCAAGCCCAAGCCCACGCGCGCGCCUCCCGCGUACCUGCCACGCCUGCCACGCCCGCACACGAGCCCUCUUCCCAGCUAUACCCUCCUUCGUCCGCCGCACCCGAACCGCACCUCUCCAACGCCCAAACCGCGUCCAGCGGGUUUGACGAUGUUACCAGCGUGGUGUGGGGUACGAACGUCAGUAUCAUGGAGGCUAUGAAGACGUUUUCGGAGUUUUUGCGCGAGUUUAAGCCCAAGUAUCGGAGGGCGCACGAUGCUGCAAGGGGAAUUGCUCACCCCCCUCUCGCCCACCCCGAGGACGGGGAAGUGCCUCUGUAUCAAACUUAUCUGCGCAAGAUGCGUCUUACUGGACAGACAAACCUCAACUUGGACGCGGAGAACUUGCUCGCUUGGCCGUCGACCAGGAAACUGCAUAGUCAGCUGUUGAAGUACCCCCAGGAAAUCAUCCCUGUUAUGGAUACGGCGCUGAAGGACGCGAUGAUAUCCCUUGCUGCUGAGGAUAAGGAGAAUGGAAUGCAGGGUAUGGAGGGGGAUUUGGGAGAGGAGGAGAUUAGGGAGAUCGAGGGGAAGGUGUAUAAGGUCAGGCCGUUCGGUAUCGAUGCUGUCAACAUGCGCGAGUUGAACCCGAGUGACACCGACAAGCUCGUCUCGAUCAAAGGCCUUGUCAUCCGCGCGACCCCCAUCAUACCAGAUAUGAAGCAAGCGUUCUUCCGCUGCCUUAUCUGCUCGCAUACCGUGCAGGUGGAAAUCGAUCGGGGGAGGAUCGAAGAGCCUUCCCGGUGCCCGCGGGACGUCUGCCAGAGCUUGGGAACUAUGAGUCUCAUCCAUAAUCGGAGUGAAUUCGCGGAUAGGCAGAUUAUAAGGCUACAGGAGACGCCUGACAAGGUUCCUGAUGGCCAGACACCGCAUACUGUUUCCCUCUGCGUGUAUGACGAGCUUGUCGACCUAUCCAAGCCUGGAGACAGGCUCACCGUCACGGGCAUCUUCCGUUCCAUCCCGGUGCGUGUCAACCCCCGUCAGCGGGUUAUCAAGUCCCUGUUCAAGACCUACUUGGAUAUCGUACACGUCAAGCGAGCCAACGCGCAACGCCUGGGAUACGACCAGUCGACGCGGAGCGAGGGGCGUAUCCCUGGGGCCAUCGGCGUAGGAGGGGAAGAAGCCGACGAGGCGGAACAUGCGGCCGGUUCUGCGGCAGGGGCAGAAGCGGGCGUGGACGGUCUCUCCAGGACGGCAGAAAUAGAGGAGAAGGUGCUUGAGCUCUCUCGCCGAGCGGAUAUUUACGACGUCCUUGCGCGGAGCUUGGCACCUAGUAUUUGGGAGAUGGACGACGUGAAGAAGGGGAUUUUGCUCCAGCUGUUUGGGGGGACGAAUAAGAGUAUCACUAGGGGUGGUGGAGGGGGAGGGCCGAGGUAUAGGGGGGAUAUUAACGUUUUGCUUGUUGGUGACCCCGGUACGAGUAAGAGUCAGAUCUUGCAUUAUGUGCAUAAAAUUGCCCCUCGCGGUGUCUACACCUCUGGGAAAGGCUCCUCCGCGGUCGGUCUGACAGCAUAUGUGACCCGCGAUCCAGACUCGAAGCAGCUCGUUCUCGAGUCUGGAGCGCUUGUGCUCAGUGACGGCGGGGUUUGCUGUAUUGACGAGUUCGACAAGAUGUCCGACUCUACCAGGAGCGUUCUGCACGAAGUCAUGGAACAACAAACGGUCUCGAUUGCCAAAGCGGGGAUUAUCACCACCCUCAACGCGCGGACCUCUAUCCUCGCCGCUGCCAACCCCGUCGGAUCGCGGUACAACGUCAAGUGGCCGAUAACGAAGAAUAUCGACUUGCCCCCCACGUUGCUCUCGCGGUUUGACCUUUUGUACCUCGUGCUUGAUAAAGUUGACGAAGUUGCGGAUCGGAGGUUGGCGAAACAUCUUGUUGGCCUGUAUCUUGAGGAUGCGCCAGAGACGGGAGGAACGGAUAUUAUUCCCGUGGAACUCCUUACAGCUUACAUCUCUUACGCACGCUCGAAGAUCCAUCCUCAAAUCACUGCUGCGGCCUCCGAAGCCCUUGUCCGAGCCUAUGUCGACCUCCGUAAGCUGGGUGAAGACCCGCGUUCAGGGGAGCGCAGGAUAACAGCCACGACCCGUCAGUUGGAGAGUAUGAUCCGCCUCUCUGAAGCGCACGCGCGGAUGCGCUUCUCCGACCAGGUAGAAGUGGAAGAUGUCCUAGAGGGGAACAGGCUGAUGCAGGAAGCGCUCCGUACGAGCGCGACCGAUCCCCGCACAGGCCUGAUCGACAUGGAGCUCAUCAACACCGGUGUAGGGGAACAACAGCGUCGGAUGCAGGGAGACCUGCGCCGUGCUGUGCUCGCAUUGCUGGAUUCCCAAGCCGGGGGCCGGGGGGUGAGGUGGACAGAGGCGGUGAGGAUGUUGGGUCAGCAGAGUAGUGUGCAGGUUGACCAGGCAGAGUUUGCCGAGGUCGUUAGGGGGUUGGAGGUCGAGGGACAGGUGAAGGUCGUGGGUGAUCGAGAGAGGAGGACGAUUAGGAGGGUUGCGUCUGAUUAG